GAGGGGACGAAGGGCGGCUUCUUAGGCGGAGGAGGUCUGGGCCAGGCCUGUGGGGAAGGAGGGUGGAAGGAAGGUAGCUUUUUAGGUGGACUUCCAUAACAAUGCAUUACAUUGAGUUCCUGGGACGCUGACCAUGGGGAAGGUUUUCAUUUUCGGAGGCUGGCUCAGCGUUUUUGGGAUCCCCAGAUUUAAAGGAAGAGGGAAAAGAUUAGGUUAAAAGGGCAUUUUAAUAGGGUUUUUUGAGUUUCCCGAGGGGCUUGAAGGAUUUGCUCUAGGCUGAGAGGAACGUGGCAAUCCCACGCCAGAAGCUGUGUUCAGUUGUAUGUUAAACAAAAGCUUCAACAAAGAGGAUUUAACAAAAGUAACAACAACAAAAAUUAGGGCUACUGAGAGAGAAGCAUCGACAGGACAAGGAGUUUUUCCUCUAAAAGGAAGAAGGGACCAGAAAAGUUGUGGGAAAGAGGUGUGAAGUGACUGUGUCACAACCACAUUGUAAAGUUGGAAGUGGUUUUGAUGAAAGGGCUAAAGUCAAAGAAACCUGUGCAGAAUGAACAGGGGAAGGAACCAGAUCUUGCUUGUAGAACUGCUGUGCAAAAUAAAUCGGCAUCACAGGACAGAAAGAAAAAAAAUAGCGCCUCGGUGGGUCGUCAUGGAAAAGACAUGAUCCCAGAGGAAAAUUGUGUGACUGGUUUGCCAAAUGGUGAACAAAAAAACCAAAACUGCAUACAGAAUGCAAAGGGCUUCAGAGAGAAGCAUAGGAGUUCCUCGGUGAAAAUGCAGACUCAGAAGAAAGUUAAAAAUACAACCAAAAAGGAUAGGAAUUCAAUUGUAAGGCUAGACUCUCAGAGCGUAAAAAGGAGCGUGCAGAAAACCAGCAGCUGCUCUGCUUUGGAGCCAAAACCUCAGGAGAAACCAAGGAACUUAGGAGAGAAGACUAAACCAGUUUGGCCUGAGCAGAAGUCUAGUGUGAACCAGGGUAAAGGACAAAGAACAAAGAGGAGAUGCUCACCAAACGUAGACUGUAGCAUGCAGAGCGUAAGCCUUAGGAAGUGUAGAGAAAGAAGCAUUCGUUUGUGUAAAUCACAGCAGCAGAGCCCUGAGAAUUGUACAAGGAAUUUGGAGAAAGCAAGGGCAUCUCCUGCCUUACACCUUUCAAAUGGUAAUCUUACGGAAGAAGCAAGGGAGCAUAUAGCAUAUAGCAAAGAGUUGAGAUCAUUAAAGUCUCGGGAACCAAAGGUUAAAAAGAAGAACUCUUCUGUGGCGUCGACUACCUCAAAAUUGCUGGAUGACACGGGAACUCAGAAACAAAAUAGUCAACGCUUAUUGAAAUACGCUGCACAUUGUGAAGACAACAAAAAGUGCCAAAGCAGUACAGAAGAAGGAACUUGUAGAAUAGUAACUCGGGCUUUUUUGAAAUCAAAGAUGUGUAAAAACGAUGGUGAGAAGUUAAGCUGGGAGCUAAAAAAGUCUGUUAGUGAGAUUCCUCGGUGCGGACAAGUAGUCUUAAAAAGGAAUGUGGCCAUAGAACAAAUGUUAGAUACCAGAACAGGGGCUAGGAGAAAGAAACAGGCAAGUGGAAAAGAUGAAGUGAUUUCAGCUGAACUUAAAAAAGGGAACAGAACAUCUAGAGUGUACAGUCGAGAAGUUUCAAACAAACAACAUGCAAAGCUGGCAGAGGUUGAUAAUGACUGCAGUCUGUGGAAUCUGCUAGAACAAUCUACAUGUCCUCCAGUACCUAAAUCAGAUGAGACUGAAAACAAAGAUUGUGCUAAUCGGUGUUUUGGGAGGGAGGUUGAAAUAUAUUGUGAUGCUGCUUCUUCUCCUGUUACAAACUUCAAAUGUCUACAGCCAUUGGAUAUAGAAGAAGUUGGGGGAAAAGUGGAAAAUAACAGAUCAGUAGUUUGCCAGGAUGUAAAACCUAGAUAUCUUGUUGAGCAUAGUGACUUGCCAUGUAGUAUAGAAAGGUUUCCAGUUGUUAAAUUGCUUGACUGCUGUUACAUUAAGGCAUUGUUAAAACCUGGCGGUGUCAAGAGCAUUCAAAGCAGUAAAGUUCAUUUUGGAUCCCUGCAUGUUGCACCUAGCCAGGGAAAGGUUCUGUCUUCCAGUAGGGAUAUGGGACAGAAGGAUUUGAUCAAUAGCCCUAAUUUAUUGCAAGCUGAAAGAUCUUUGCCCCAAGAAAACAUAUUGGUGGGAAAAGAAAUGUGCCAAAAUCGUAAUAGGUCAUCAAAAUGUCAAAAUGGAAAACGCCUCAGGGAAAGAAAAUGGUGUGUGGAUUUUAAACAACAAAGCAAAAAGAUAAAAAUAUCAAGAGAUUUAGAAAAAUUAGCCGUCCAGAACGUUGUUGCAAACAUGGACAAAACUAGUGAAUGUGGAUUCCAAAUGGACGAUAAGCUUGCCACAGAAGAUUUUCCAACAGCUUGGGGAAAUUUAAACUAUAAUGAAAGGACUUGCUUAUCUUUUCUUGAGCAUAGGCCUGAUUUCCUCCUGGAACAGCUUCAUCAAAGACCUCAGAACCUACUUGACAGUUUAUCUUGUAAUGAAAAAGUGAGUGAAGAACACUUAGCCACCUGUGAUGCCAGUGACUUUGAGAAAUCUCUGGAUCUUAGAAAAGAAGAUGUUCUUGAAAUAAAGAGCAUGGAAGCAGAAAUUAGUGUUGACAAAAAAUCAAACUGUGAUAAUUCCAUAGUGAAGAUGCUGGUCAGUGAAAAAUUGAAUAGCAGCAACAGUAAUGUUGGUGAUUGUAUGAAAACAAAAAAGGCACCCAAAGAUAAAAUAGUAAGUAAAGCUGGGGAGAACUUGCAGUUAUACAGUUGUCAAAGAGCAGUCCCAAUUUCUGGUAAGAAUGCUUGGCCCCAUGAAUCAUGUGCCAGAACCAAUGUGUGGGUUCAUAAAAAUCAUGUACGUGACUUGGAAAGAAAAAUUUUAACAGGUACUGAUUUGUUAGUUAACUCUGUGGAAGAGGAAUCACAUAAGCCAUGGAUAAGUACUAGCAAACCUUUGGCAGAUAAGAUAAUUGAUCCUAAAGCAGAGCUUCCAACAGAAAGCUGUGCUUCAGAAUUUUCAAUUCAUGUAGAUAACAUAUUCUCAGUUGUUAGUAGUGGGAGUAAAUGUUAUUCCAUGAAUAGACCUAACCAGUACAGAUCUGUUAGUAAAAUGGGAAAGAAAUUGAAAGUAGGUUCGGAUUUACUAGGGAAAGUUGUUAAAAAUAAUAGAAGUAUAGCUAAGAGAAGCAUUUCCAUAAAUGUCCAGAAUGUUGCAUUUGCUAAUUCAAAAAGCAAAACAAAUGAGCAGAAGACAUCAGUUACCAAACAAGAAUUGUUUCUGCAAACAUUAAUCCCAAGGAGCCUAUUGGACUUCAAAAUUCCUUUACUCAGGAAUAAAAAUGAAUAUGAAAAAGCAAAAUAUCCUACAUCAGAUAGGAAUACUUGCUGUCAUUUGGACAUUUUAGAAGAGUCUACUUCUAGAAACAAAAGCAGAGCUGAACAGACUUCAUCAGAUUUAAAUUCUAAAUACCAGUUCCAGUCUGAGCAAGUUAAUGCUACCAUAUCAAAGGAACAUGCAAACCAGUUUGACAUUGAUUUUCCUGAAAGCCAUUAUAAAAAGAAUAAUGAAUGCGUGGAGACUUCCAAUGAGAGUGAGCUGAAAACAUCAAAUUUUGAUAAUAGUUUUGACUCUUUGAGGACUGAAUUUAAAGAAAAGCACAUUCUGGACUCUGUUUUGGUACCAGACUCUAAAGACGAAGGUAAUAACAGUAAUAACUCAGCACAGGUCAGAGACAACUUCCAAGCAGAUGUUCUUCAGGCUUAUGAAGAUGAUGUUCUUGUGAUUGAUGUAAUUCAGGAUGAUCCUGAUCUGUUUGGAGAUACUGGUGAACAAGAAGCUGCAUGUACAGAAAAGCAUUUUACUAAAGCCAACUUUAACACCAGCAUUUUUUCAGAAAAAAAGCUGAAGUUAGAACCAGAAUCCCCUCCGCUUCCAGGAUGCAGAUAUUUGAAACUAUGUCCUAGAGAGAAUCCUGUUGAAGAUUAUGCAAGACUGAAAUCCGAUGCUGAUUUUCCAUCAACAGAAGCUGAUGAAAUUAAAUCAAGGUCACCAAGUGAAAUCAGUUCCAUAGGAGGUGUAACAGUCUCAUCUGUUGAGGAAGGGCAGCUGACUGUAUUAGAUUAUAAGAGUUGCAUCACAAAUGAAAAGUAUAAACCUCAAGAAAAAAUGCUUGCUGCAAAAGAAGGAAAAGCAAAUAUUCGGAACAUUGCAAAAAUUGACAAUACUCAAUAUAUUGAACCUGUGACCCAUGACCACGAGCUGGGAUUGUCACUCCCUGCUAUGAAAGCAACUGCUCCUCAGUGGCACAGCACAGGAAUGGAACCAUGGAGGAACGACUUCAGAUUCUCAAGGAAAGGUCCCCUUUGGCCUACAUCAUAUCCCAACAGGCAUAAUUCUUGGAAAGUAGGCAAAGAUGGACUGAUUAAUUUAGGCUUGCUGCAUAUACCCCAUGGAUACUGUAGAUCACAUUUCAAUACAUUGAAUGGUUGUGAGAGAACAGACUGCUGGUUUUGGCAUGUUCCUACAUCAGGAAAUGAACAGUUUUGCAGUGAAAUACUUCGGAAAUAUAUAAGUACUGGUGAAGUAGUUCUGCUGCAGCGUGCAGUCCAGAUAUUUACAGAUUACUGCAGAAAUAAUAUUCCUAGGUUAUAUUUGAAUUCAAAAAUACUAAAUGACCUGCUGGCCUCUUUGCUCCAGUUCUGUUUGCUGAAAGAACUAUUUCUUGUAGUCCACACAGGCAUAAUGAUUAAAAUACUGCCAACUGUAGACAUCCUCCUCAAAGUUUUUGAACAAGUGGCUUCCAUGAAAUUAAAAGACACAGUGCCUGACUUAAUUAACAUCUCAUGUAAGCUUAUUGAUGCUGGAAUGGUUCUUGAAUAUGAGCAUUUUGGCUGUAUUAUACGGUUUCUAAAUCAACUGCAAGUUUCAAGUCAGGAAAUAACCACUUUUAUGACCAGAUUUCAGGGAAGACAUUUCAAAAAGGCCUGCCUUUGUGACUUUGAUUCAGCAGUUGCAGAAUUUCAGCAUUGUAAAGAAAAAGAUGACUGGGCUAAAUUGGGAACUUUGUACAUAAAUGUAAGGAGAGGGUGUGGAAAUGUUGAUGACCUGCAGAAGUACUCAUUGUGCAUUGCUAACAUCCUAACCAGUGCCAUGAAGGAAGAGACGCCAGUGAUUCCUUUUUGUGUAUUUGCAGCUGCAGUUAAUGCUGAUGGACGUCAUACUGAAGCAGACAAAAAUUUACUGGGAAGGAUUGGGAUAAGUGUUAUGUUUUCAUAUUACAGAAAGCAGCAGUGGUCAAAGGCCAGGAAGGUUCUGGAUGUACUUCACGCUUUACAGAUACCUUUCACAUUUUUUAAAGGACUACUUGGUCAUGAGAGAUUGGCACCAAGAUGCCAUAUUGUUAAUGUUGCUGUGGAAAUCUUCCUCAAAUGUGGAAGCCUAGAUGGAGCAAUUUGGGUACUGAAAGAGUCAGACUGGGUAAUAAAUACACUAUCAUGGCCUUGUGAUAGAAUGGAUGUUCUUAAUCGACAUAAUUUGUUAUGUACAAUGGCAACUGAAUACAUUACAAAGUCACGAUAUGGAGAAGCAUUCGAAGUCUUACAAAAUCUACCAGGCUUUCAGAAUUCUUCUGAUACCCUGGAUGUAUCCCAAUACAGCCUUUUGUUUAAUAAGCUACUUGGUGCUUGUCUAGAAAGCAAGAACCUUGGAAUGUCAUCUGCUGUUGUAGACUUCAUGCUUACAAAGAAUAUUCCUGUUGAAUUUCAUUUACUUAGAUCAUUAAUCACGACACUGGGAAGAAGCUGCUUGUGGCUUAAAGCCAGGACACAUUAUAAAAGUGCUUUAGCAUUAGGGUGCUACCCACCACUGGAGGGAAAUCUUUACCGUAAGCUUCUUCUAAUUCCAUCAUAUAUGACUGAGGUGGAGAUGCUGCUAGCAAUUGAAAUUUUCAUGGUUGCAAAUGCUAGCAGUAUUCAGAGUCCGGGUGCUUCCAUUCAAAUACUUCAGAUAGUGCUAAAAAGAUGUGAAGACAGCAAUGUACGCAACGAUGAUGACUAUCGAAGUGCAGUGGAGAGGCUGAUUCAAGCUGCUCGCAUAUCUACUCCAAGGCUUUUCAUAAAGCAUUUGACAGUAAAUAUUAACAAGGAGCAAGUUUACAGUUUGGAAUAUGCUUCUGUACUGAAGUGGUUGAAAGAGAAUAUGAAAUGGGCAGGGAAAGUCUGGCUUUUUUAGUCACUUGUUAAGAUUUCAGUUGACCGUAAUCAUUGUUUAAAAUAAUAAAUCAAUAAAGAUGGUUUCUGUUGUGUUCA